CGUACACAAAUUAGAAACAUUCACCGCGUGGAUGGUCGUGUUUGGAAUUGAAUACGAGCAAGAAAAUGGCAGACCACCUCAAACAAAGCUUAGUGGCAGGGCUUACAUCAAGUCCUAAGUACAUUCCCUUCUGGUACAACUACGACAAUGUCGGGUCGAGACUUCAGCAUGAAAGUGGCAAAAUAAAUCAGGAUUACUAUUUGACAAGGAGUACUAUAUCUGUUCUGGAACACAGUGUGCAGGAUAUCAUACCGAAUGUUCCAUACGACCUGACCUUGGUUGACCUCGGAAGCGGAAACUGUUUUAAAACUAAGAUCCUUAUAGAUGAGUUGCUGAAAAGGCAAAAAGCGCUGACGUUUUAUCCUAUAGACAUUUCUGGAGAUUUUCUGUUGAAAGCAGUAAAGGAGUUGUCGGAAGAAUACGACGAUUCGCUUGUAGUCCAUCCUAUAGCUGCAGAUUACGUACAAGGAAUAGAUCAACUAAAACGUAUCGAAGGUGCGAAAUUGAUUUUGUGGAUUGGAAGCAUUAUCAACUUAUCGUAUGAUGACCAGGUGAACACUCUCAGGAUGAUCUCUACCAUCAUGACAGAUAAAUGUCGCCUUGUGUUCAGUGCUGACAUUACUCAAGACAGAAAGGCUAUCCUAAAGGCCUACAAUGACGAAGCAGGUAACUUUCUUCAUCACACAGUAUCUGUUGCUAAAAAUAAUAUCAUAGAUUUAAAGAAUAUCAUUAGAAGACUAUUAUUUUUCAAAUGUUGUGUGUAG